GUCCCAUGUGACGUAGCGGGGGAGGCGUUGUCCGGGCGGUGUCGCUGUGUGUUGGGUUUUUGGGGGAAACCUGAGGCGCAGACGGACGGACAGACAGACGGACAGACAGACAGACGUCCUCUAGAAGAAGCCUUGCAGUCACGCCGGUCCGAGAUCCCCUGCAGACCUCCGCUCUGCCUCAACACCACAGAGUUACCCGAUCCCGUCGAGAUGAUCAAGAACGGGCACCACGCAGCCGACGAGCAGCGGGACGACUCGGGGCGCAGCGAGCCGGGCGGGUCGCUCUGCAGCCCGGAGAAGAGGAAGCGCGUCGUCCGCCUGUGGUGCGACGGCUGUUAUGACAUGGUUCACUAUGGUCACUCCAACCAGCUGCGGCAGGCCAAAGCCAUGGGAGAUUACCUCAUAGUCGGAGUGCAUACAGAUGCUGAGAUUUCCAAGCACAAGGGUCCUCCUGUCUUCACUCAGGCAGAACGCUACAAGAUGGUACGGGCCAUCAAGUGGGUGGAUGAGAUGGUAGAAGGAGCCCCUUACGUCACCACCCUGGAGACUCUGGACAAGUACAACUGUGACUUCUGUGUGCACGGAGAUGACAUCACACUGACGGUGGAUGGUAAGGACACGUAUGAGGAGGUGAAGCGUGAAGGCCGCUACCGGGAAUGUAAACGCACACAGGGUGUCUCCACCACUGACCUGGUGGGACGAAUGCUUCUCAUGACCAAAGCCCAUCACAGCAACAUGGAUAACCCAGAUUACCAGCAGCAUACAGACAACUUUGGAAAAGGUCCUAAAGGCCACAGUCCAUGGACAGGAGUGUCACAGUUCCUCCAGACAUCCCAGAAGAUUAUCCAGUUUGCCUCAGGAAAGGAGCCUCAGCCUGGAGACACCAUCAUCUAUGUGGCCGGGGCUUUUGACCUCUUCCACAUUGGCCAUGUUGACUUCUUAGAGAUGGUCUAUAAGCAGGCAGAGAGGCCCUACGUCAUCGUGGGUCUGCACUUUGAUCAGGAAGUGAAUCGGUACAAGGGGAAGAAUUAUCCCAUCAUGAACAUCCAUGAGAGGACGCUGAGUGUCCUGGCCUGUCGGUAUGUGUCGGAGGUGGUGAUUGGUGCUCCCUAUGCAGUGGGCAAAGACCUGCUGGAUCAUUUCAAGGUUGACCUGGUAUGUCAUGGCAAGACGGAGGUGAUCCCAGACAAAGAUACGUCAGACCCCUACGCUGAGCCUAAGAAGAGGGGGAUAUUCAAGACCAUCGAUAGUGGGAACAAUCUCACGACUGAUGACAUUGUCCAGAGGAUCAUUGAAAACAGGCUGCAGUUUGAAGCCAGGAAUCAGAAGAAGGAGGCCAAGGAGAUGGCAGUGAUCGAGGCGAUGAAGAGGAAAGAGCAGGAGGAGCAGAGUGAGGUUGCAGCUCAGGUUGCUCACUAGUGAGACCUCGGACCUGGUUCUGUGUCUGAUUUACUUUUCGUGGUACACUCAGCUUUAAGGGGUGGACUGAACUGACCCAGGCAGACGGCCAUGUUGGACCUGGCUGGGGGGGGCAGUCGGUCUCCACUAGUCCUCUGGACGCAGAAUCCUUUUAAUAUUUGAUGCACUGUGCUGGUUUAGCUUAUCUCAGCCUUUAUCUAUACAGACUACUCCAGCCUAAUGCUAUUUGAUUUGCCGUGUAAGAACACAAAGAACCCAAACUCAAACUAUGUUUUAACUUCCAAAAUCCCUUUUAAACCUCUUGUCCUCCACAGAGAACUUUUUAAUGAUGUCUUCUGUCAUGUAGUGUUUUUGUCAAGGAAAUCACACACUAUCUGUUCCUGUUUAGGUGUCGAAGUGGUAUUUUAAUUUUGUAAUAAGCCAUAACUUGUGUUAAUGACAUUGUGUUAAUGUUAAUGACAUUGUCAGUUGUGUUUUUAGAUUUUAAACCAUAUUAGUCUUUAAGAAGUGUCAUCAGUAACAUUGAAUGUGGUCUAUUUUUUAAUACACUGUAAAAACAUAGAUUUAAUUUAAUUUUAAAAGUUACUAUGUUUUUCUCCAUCCUGGACAAACAUUAUUAUGAGUUUAUGAAAUGAUCUGUGGAGCAGUCUUUGAAUUUUAAAUGUGGAUUUUAAUGACCUUAUUUUGCACAGAGAGUUCGGUGUGGGAGAGUGAGUUGAGUGAGGUUAGUGAAUGAGUGUUUGCGCUGUAAAUUACAGUAUUUUCGUGCCUCAUUCCUAAAGCUAUAACUAAUUUAAGGGCUGUGAAUGGUAUCAAAAGUCUAAAGUCUGUGUCUCUACAGCUGUCGGUUAAAUCUCUCCAAAGUCUACUACUAUGUGUGUUUUCAAAAACUAGCAUGUCCUCUUUUCUCCUCCUUCACAAAAGAAUCCAACAACGUAAUAAACUGGGACCCAGUAUCACGGUCAAACUGCUUCAGCAAA